AGAGGGGCGAGUUACGUUCGCGACGGAGGAUCGAUCGUGCCAGGAUCGAAUAUCAUAUAAUCGAUUAAAAAAAAUUCGAAAAUCGUUCUAAAAGAUCGAUUGUUCGGAAAAUCGAUUCUGAAUCGCACAUCCCAAAUCCAAAUUCUAGUCCACCAAGUUCUAAUAGAGCGAGGUGGCAAAUAGGCAAUCGAGGUGUUGUUUAUUCGAUUAUACAUACGGACAUGCUAUUCUAUUAAUAUAUAUUCUUACGUGUUUCUAUUAUCACUGUUGGAUCUGUCUAAUAAACCUAAUAAGAAACACAACAUGGAUAUGCUAGAUAUAUUCAGUGCAAAAGGAACGUUCACUAGAAUCACGUUGCCGGGACCGACUAGUCGAAAACAAUUACCAAAGGACAUGUCAUUGUUGGAUGCAGAAUUGAACAAAACAACGCGAAUUUUGGAAAGUGGAACAAAAUAUGUAGAUGAAUAUGUUAAAAAGGAGGAAAAGGAGCUGUUAGAAUCGGCGAGCUAUUGUAACACAAAUGACCAAACAAAUUUCGAACUUGUAUCACAUGGGACAGAAGCUGUACAGGAUGCAUGCAUCAAUGAAGACACAGUCAAUAUAUACAAAACAUUUGAUUUCGCGUACCAACCAAAAAGUAAUUUAACAAUUACUUCUAAAAGGGAUCAAAUUGUUUCUAUGGUUGAAACAAAUUCUGUAAUAAUAAUUCAAGGACCAACUGGUUGUGGAAAGACUACCCAAGUACCGCAGUUUAUUUUGGAUUCCUGUUAUAAGAAAAAGCUACAUUGCAAUAUCAUAGUUACACAGCCUAGACGUAUUGCUGCUAUAAGCAUUGCAAAACGUGUUAGUCAAGAGAGAGAUUGGCCUGUAGGCACCCUUGUUGGAUAUCAAGUUGGUCUGAUAAAUCACACAUGCAAAGAUACUCGUUUAACAUAUUGCACAACUGGUGUGCUUUUACAUAAAUUGAUAAAUUCCAGAAACAUGUUAGAGUAUACGCAUAUUAUACUCGAUGAAGUUCAUGAAAGGAACCAAGACAUGGAUUUUCUUUUGCUCGUUGUACGCAAGUUAUUGCGUACAAAUUCACGCUUGGUCAAAGUGAUAUUAAUGUCUGCAACAUUCCAAGUAGAUAGAUUUGCUAAAUACUUUUCUUCGCCUGUGAGGGACAAGCUUGUACCAGCUCCUGUUAUUGACGUUACAAAAAGAAGAUACUUUAAUUUUGUAAUAUAUUAUCUAUGCCAACUUGGUUCAUUGGGUCCGUUGCCUGAAAUUUCUGCAACAGACCCAGCUGUUUCGAAGAAGAUGAUGGAAUUUUGUGUAAAUCUUAUAAAAAUUCUCGAUGACGUAGACAUGAAAGCCGACGAUGCAAAAUACGAUCAGGAGACGAACGUUUACGAGAGACAUGUGAUUCUCGUGUUUUUACCGGGAAUUCACGAAAUCGAAGAAAUGCAUAAUUUGUUAUCACUGCCAAAACAUAAGCAAGCCAAGUGGGAUAUAGUGGUACUGCAUUCGUCAAUCACAAACGAAGAACAGCAACGAAUAUUUCGGAAACCACCUCAUGGUUACCGUCGCGUUAUUCUGUCCACAAAUAUUGCUGAGAGCAGUAUUACAGUACCCGACGUAAAACAUGUGAUUGAUUUCUGUUUAACAAAGCAACUUGUUGUCAACCCAAAGACAAACUUUCAAUGCUUGGAGCUCAAAUGGGCAAGCAAGAUUAAUUGUGAGCAAAGAGCAGGUCGCACAGGUCGUGUGAUGGACGGACGAGUGUACAGACUAGUAUCGCAAGCAUUCUAUGAGUCUGUGCUCUCAAAAGAAGCACCUCCAGAGAUAUUGCGAGCACCUUUAGCAAACGUAGUGCUGAAAUCAAAGCUGUUAGACAUGGGAGAACCGAAAGCUAUUUUAGCGCUUUCUCUUGAUCCUCCAGACCUCGCCAAUUUAGAGAGAACUAUACUGUUGUUGAAAGAGACUGGUGCAUUGAUCGACACCACCAACGAAUUUCAACCACUCGAUGGGGAACUCACUGAUCUUGGUCGGGUCAUGGCCAAUCUCCCACUGGACAUACAUAUAACAAAGCUAAUAAUGCUAGGACACGUUUAUAGUAUUUUAAAGGACACUAUCAUCAUUGCGGCCUGUCUAGCUGUAAAAGACAUGUUCAACAGUCCGUUCAAACAGAAGUUGUUGGCCUACAAUGUUCGUCUCAACUGGUCAGCCGAUUCUUGCAGCGACUGUAUAGCGUUUAUGAAUGUAUAUAAAGUAUGGAUCUUAAACAAAGCGAAUCGCACAAUAAACAACGAUGCCACGGAAAAAAAAUGGGCUUUAAGGAACUUUGUACAGAUUAGAGUGCUGCGAGAAGUCAAAGCCCUGGUCACAGAGUUGUCAAAAAGGUUAGAGAAGCUGGGAAUAAAGGAGAGCGAGGGCAUGAAUAAAGUGGUGUGGAAAACAGAACGGCCGUUUGUUUUAAAGCUUGUGAUCGCCGGGGCGUUCUAUCCAAACUACUUCAUCAAGCAUGUGCCGGAUGCACAGGAGAAGGAGUACGCAGGAAUCAAAUUGUUAAAUGGCUUGGACCCUUCUACAACGGUGUAUGUGCAAGGAUGGCCUCUAAGACAGCCUGGCCCUCUCUAUGCUAAAAGAAUUCAAGAAAUUUUGCAGUCACACAUGGAGCUUCCUCAGGACAAAGUUAGAAUAUCUUUUGACGCCUCGUCUAGAGUAUACAUACAAUUUUUACCUGAAGAAGGAGAUAAUAAUAAUAAGAAAAUUGCACAGUGUGUUUACAAAGCUAUUCGAAUGAGACAGUGUAAUAUACCACUGGAAAUACCGAUUUUGAAUGAGGAUAUUGCUAUUGAAAGAGCAGAGAAGGAAAACUUAAAAAGGACACAGUACUUCACUCGCGCCAGCAAUAUCAAAAACCGUUUGGUGCCACGAUUACCAGGUUUACGAACAUCUCGUAUUCCCAUAAUACUGCAACAUGUGAAGAAUCCCGGACGGUUUUGGGUACAAAUCCGCGACACCAAAGUUAAGAAGGAAGUUGAUAGAAUAAGAUUCGUUAUAAAUAAAAAUUUGGAUUACUUAAAUCCAUUCGAAACAGUUCCGGAGACUGGCACAGUCGUGAUUGCUCCGUACGUAAUGAAAUCGUGCAUAUCGUAUCUUCGGGCAAUGGUGAUGGGUAACAUAACUUCGCCGGAAAUCCUGGUACAAGUUUACUACUUGGAUAACGGUUAUUCGGGCGAAUGUCGUCUUUGCGAUUUAAGACGCAUCGACCACACCGAGCUCGCCGAUGUUCCUGCGUUAGCCAUCGAAUGCGUUCUAGCCAAAAUAGAACCGUCUAUAAUGAGUAAUUUGGAUGACAAUUGGUCGGAUGCAGCCUUUGACUUUUUCUGGAUGUUGAGCCACAAACCAGGCUUGCUGUACGGCGACAUAUAUUCUAUCGUAAACGGCGUCAUGGCGUUAGAAGUGAUACUGCUGAUUGAUAACGAGGAGAUCAGUAUCAAUCGGUCACUAAUUGACAAAGGAUUCGCAAGGGAAAAAGAAGAGGGCUAUUUCUCACGGUUUAAUCACGAUUUACGAAUGCAACAGGCGGACAUGACUGACGAACAGUGUCAUCAUCAUGAACUGUUACAAUAUAACCAGGAUUACGCCCAGUAUAUAUAUCCGAAUCCGCCAGAGCCUUCCGAGUGUUACAAAUCGGUGAAUUUGCGGGGACCAUUCUCGCCCCUCGAGAUUGAAAUGAAACAUCUCACUACAGCCGGCAGAGACAAGAGGAUAUGCGUGGCCACGAACUCCGUAAACGCUGUUCUGCUGGACACUGAUCCGGAGGAUCCUUCUCAGCGUCUUCUCGUAGCGGGAUCUGUAUCUCAGAGUGCUCAUGGCUAUAAUCUAACGUUAUACAACACAACGUUGAUGCCACGUCUUCCUGGCUUGACUGCAUUGAUCGGGCUGAUAUUUGCCCCGUCCAUGGAACUUCGACGCAACACGUUUGGGACUCAUUACAUAGGCGCGCUGUGCGGACUGGGCUUCGAUCCUAAAACCAAAAGAAGCCUGUUCCCAGAACACGACUUAGAGCUUCAGUUCGACGCUGAGAUUACCAUAGACGACCUGCAAUACAUAAACAGAUUGCGGCAUUGGACGAAUAUUGGUAUGCAAAUCAGUUACGAAUCCGGAGGAAUCCAUAACAUGGAGGAGAUCAUUAUUUGCCAGACCAGAAUAAAAAACGCGUUGCUCAAACUAAUCGAUAAAACAAGAAAACAUCAACCGCUUGAGAUGAUCAAUAAUUUUGAUACGUGGAAUCUGUACGAUGAUCUCUUAUAUCUACGUCCUAAUAAAACGUCUAUGGUCGCUAAUAAUAUAUUUAAGUUGCACAAUGCAUUGGAACUGGAAGAGACCGACGAGUUACACGAAAUUAUAGAACACGUGAAGAAGUUACGAGCGUUGAUAAUGGAAGAUCCAAGGAAACCCGGGAACACUAACAUAAUGUGUAAAGUGUGCCAUGUGGUACUGAUCGAUAUUUACGAUCUUCGCAGUCAUUUGUUUACUACUGCUCACAGAGAGAAAGAAAAACGACUAGGCAUUCAGCUUUAAUUAAUUACGAUUAAACGACGCGGUACAUUUAGUAACGAAAAAAGUAUUAUUAAUUAUUAUUGCGUUAACUUACGUACUUGUUAAGAUCUGUAAAGUCUGAAAUUAUGUUAAAUCUAUCUUUAAUUGUAAAUUUAAUUUCUCACUGUUUCAACUUUAAAAUAUGAAUAGUUAAUCGUAUGCUUAAACAUUUAAUAGUCGUAUUCAUAUAAAGUUAUAGCACGAAAUAGAAAUACAGUGGCGGUCAUAUACUUAAAACCACUCGAGAAAACGGUAUUUACUUUUUUAAAAUUAGACUUCAAUUUUUUUAUGUGAUAGAAGGACAAUGACUAUAAUACUAUUUUUUUUCAAUUUUCUUGAAAAUUUAAAAAAUACGUUUUGUAUAACUUACAGUGGUUACUUAUGGCCCGCGCGACCACGUUAUUACACUACAUUCGUGCUUCGCACGCCGCACAUACAAUUCGUCGCUCACAUUUUUGAUAGUGGGUAACUAACUACAGUAAUAGGUCCUACUCUUGCACAUCUUUAAGCCGCAGCUUCAUCCGUUAGCAAGGGUCGAUAUGUAUAAAAAUUUUCUUUACUCUAAUUGGUUGACUAUUCACUACUAGGACAGGAUCUAUUGCGGAUUAGAUGCGCAUUAAAAUAGUAAGAAAAAUGUGCAGGAAUAGAUACCAUUACUAGCUGAAAGGAAAUUUGUCACCCCAGAUAUUGACGAUCGAUGGGGGGGGGGGGGGGACAUCUGGGAAUCCCACGCGCCAUAAAUUUCCUGCCAUAACAGCUGACAAUACAGCGUACAAGCAUUCUAAAGGUUCAAAACUAGAAUUUACAUAAUAUGUAUGACUAAAAUAACUGCCUUUUUUAUUAUGCCACAUGUAGAAAAUAAUGAGGAUAAAAUAAAUGUGUAAAGGAUUAUUAAAUU